AUGCCACCCUCGUCCGCCGCCUCGCCGCCCCCAAUCCUGGCCAUCACGGCUACUUAUUUCCAGCUGCUGGCCCAACAUUUACCCCGACCCGUCUACGAACUCCUCUGCAAGACCCAACAUCACAUCGCCCGUGUCUUGUCCUCUGCCAUCGUCGUCCGCCUAUACUCGACCAUCCCCCCAAAGAUGCGACGCCCUCUAGGUUUCUCGGCCCUGUUAGUCGUGCUGUUUCUCAUCAUCGGCCUGCCUGUCAUCCUCGCCCAAAGCGAACCCUUCCACUGCUACCCGUACCCGCCUGCCGACAAGCUCGCAAGUCCCUUCAUCACUCUACAGCCGCAUUGCUGCAAGGGCCCGAUUGACAACAAGCUAAGGGUCGGCACCCAAUGUGAGCUGGCCAACGGAGGGAAAUACAAGACCAAGUUUGGACAGGACUUGGGAACCUGUGCGACGGGCUGGGUCGACGCAUGCUGUAUGCGAUUGCAUUACCCGCCUGAAAUCCCGCGACCUGACAUGUCGUUCUGCGACGCCGGCUUUCUCGUCAAACCUGAGUCGAAGAACAUCAUCAAUGCUCGAAACUGGAUCCCCGAGAACUACGGCAUUUGA